GUUCAUGCAUGUCUCCCUGCAGACUGACGUUCUGUGGCCUGUCUCACACUCACUGUGAAGUUGUGGCUUCAGCUCUGAAGUCCAACCCCUCCCAUCUUGAGGAGCUUGACCUGAGCUAUGGCUGCUUGCCCCAGUCAGGACUGAAGCUUCUGUUCGCAGGACUCCAGAGUCCAAACUGCAGACUCCAGAGUCUGAGGCUGAUAAACUGCAGUUUAUCAGCCAGCAGUGGAGCACAUCUGGCCUCAGCUCUGAAGUCCAACCCCUCCUCCAUGAAACAUCUGGAUCUGAGCAGCAACAGGCUGCAGGAUGCAGGCGUGGAGCAGCUGUGUGGCUUUCUGCAGAGUCCUGACUGCAAGCUCCAAACACUGAGACUCAGGAAUUGCAGCCUGACUGGGUUCAGCUGUUUGUCUUUGGUUUCGGCUCUGGGGUCCAACCCGUCCCAUCUGGCAGAACUGGACCUGGUUGACAACAGGCUGACGGAUCCAGAUGUGGAGCAGCUGUGUGACCUGGCAGCCAGUUCAGACUUUAGACUGGAAACUCUCAAAUGGAAAUAGUGAUUCUUCCAAAUGAAGAAUCAUACCUCCUUAAAAACCAGGAGCUGGAUCUGAACCGGUUCUUUUGGAUCGGUUCCAGAAUCAGAAAGAACCAGAAGACACAGAGGCGAUGAAGCAGCUUCCACACUCUAAAAAGAAAAAAGUUGAUCCAACUUAAUUGAAUUACUUCUGUAGGUAACAAGUAAUUCAAUUAAGUUGGAUCAACAUAAUUUUUUUUUUUUAACUUGAUAAAUUUAGGUCAGUCUAACGCAAUUUAUUUACUUUAUUUCAUAUACAAAUGUUAAAUCCAUCUUACUUAAAUUUAUAGAAAGUCAACUCAAAAAUGUAAGUUGUUCUAAGUUAAAAAAUGAAACUACCCAAAGUCGUUUAUGCAUAUUUUGUACUUACAAUAAUGCUUAAAUAUAAAUCACUUUUAAAGUAUGUUUUAGCUUUUACAAUAGCAGUAAAAUUCCUUUACACUACCCAAAAAUUCAACUUGGUUAUAACAAAUCUACACUGCACAAAUAGAAAAUGUUAAAUUUUAUUGUGAAAUCACAAACUUACAGAUUUUUCACAACACAUUUUGCACUGAACAUACUACACAGAUCUUUUGCUUGUCUGCUUAAUUGAGUUAGCUUUUUAGUAAACUGAACAUGGGGUACCCCAAGUCCAGUUCUGGAGAGCUACCAUCCUCCAACUUUCAGAUGAAUCCAAUCUCCAAAUAAAAUUAAGUGCUCAUUACUAUGCCUCUGCUCAGCUGAGUGUCUGCUGGUGUGUAAAUUCAGCAAGGUGGUAUUGAAAUAGUCCAUCUGACAUUUGCACAUUGAUGGCUCUCCAGGACAAACUUUGGACAUCCCUGUGUGAGCUUGUAGAAUCCAGAUGUAUUCCUCUGAAAAACAA